AGGCAUUGAGACAUGCGGCCAUCGGCCAAAGGAGCGCCUCAGUCUGAGCAUUUUGCUUUGAACAUUACUCGCAUGAAUGGCAUUCCUCUUGCAAAGAUGAAAGUCCAUUCCUUGCAAACGGUUGGAGAACUCAUCAUGGCCAUCAAGACUGCGGCGCGUGCCGAUGACCUUGAGAUGAUGCUGGCUUUCAACGCAGAGGUGCUGCAGCCGGCCAUGACCCUGGAAGAUGCAAAGCUGUCCGAUGGGUGUACAGUUGUGGCCAUUCGAUAUCCAGAGUUGUUCUUGGCAGCCACCUAUGAUGAUGGUUUGACCAAGAUUUGGAGUGCAGAGACCGGGAGCUGUGAAAGGACCAUUGAGGGCUGCAGCUCAGUCGUGACUGGGGUAGCCUUUGCCGCGUCUGGUCUUUCGCUGGUUCUUGGCAUGAUGGAUGGACACGUCCAGCUCCGCAGCGUGACCUCCGGCGAGAUCAUGAGGGAGUUCCGGGCACAUCAUGCACCAAUCUCCGGGGUGGCAUGCUCUGCUAAUGGCCAGCUCUUGGCGACAGGAUCUUUGGACAGGACGGCGAUCGUUUGGGAUUUUGAUACUGGACGGGCCACAAAGGUCUUCAGUGGUCACUCCGGGUCCGUAACCAGUCUGGCCUUUUCUUCAGACUCGAAAACUCUGGGGACUGGUUCCGAGGAUUGCACGGUGAGGCUUUGGAAGGUGUUGGAGAAAAAGCCAGAGACAAUCCUCAAGGGCCAUGCCGGAUGCAUCAAAACAUUGAGUUUCUCCCAACAUGCCAAGGGUUUGGCCAGCGGCUCAUCCGUCGGGGAGGUCAUGAUUUGGUCUCCACUUGGCAAACUGGAACUCAAUCUGAAGCCGUGUGGCUUCGCGGUUUGUGCUGUAUCGUACUCUCCAGAUGGUAUGAGCCUCGCAGUUGGAGGAACGGAAGGUCAGUGCAGGAUUUAUAGCAUCGGCACUGGUGUUUGCAUUCUGUCAAUCGAGGUGCUGAGUUCCGUUAUUUGUGGACAGGCCUUGAGUUUCCAACCUAGAAGCAAUGGCCUCCAAGCUAAUAGCGAGGGCCUCCAACCCAAUAGCUUCCAACCUAGAAGCAAUGUGUUAUCCAACACAAUCUUGACAGUGCAACAACGGGCCGGGGAGCAUCCGCUCUGUGGCAUUCUCCCCAGCAGCUUGGCAGACAUCGCUGAAAUUGAGAAUAAUUUUUCUGUGGACAGAGCAGCUUGUGUUGCCGAGGCCGGGACUUUGCUAGCAACUGGAGCAGAGGAUGGCAACAUGAGUGUUUUCGGUAUUGCAGAUGGCAAUUGCAAGCUCGCCAUGCCGGCACAUGUCCCCGAGGGCUCAGAUCGGCCUGUGGGUGUUUUUGCAGUUGCCUUCUCACCAGGUCCAACGCCGCCCCCAAAUCGACCUGGGAAAGUGGCCAAGCCAUAAUCCCAUGGACAGGCGGACCGGUGAAUAUGCUGCCUGGGCCAAAGAAACGCCUGGGCCACGAGGUAAAAGGUCACAGCGCUUUUGUGAGCGGAGCUCGGUAGUGAAGCUGGCAGUGAAUAGUGAACGUUUGUGGUCACUCAUAGCUGGAAGGCAGCUCAGUACUAUCCCAGUCAAUGGGGUUUGGCUUCAGGUCCCAUAGUUGAUUUAGAUGAUUCUGGAUCCCAAGUUUGCAGACCGGCAAGAACACGCUGCAAUCGAUUGUUCUG